GUACAAGUGCUAUAUAAAGACGCGCACGCCGGCUAAAACUGAAAUUGCUCGUCUGUUUACUAUAUGCGCUGUUUUGUUUGACCGGUCCUUGUUGUGUUGUGUCAGCAUUGCACAAUGGCUUUUCGUUUACAUAUAACAAAUAAUGACCUCCAUUAUAUGACAUCUUGCCUGUGAAUGACUCUAAUUCUCGACUGCGUGUGUGGCUUUGCUGACACUUAUAGUCAACUGUAACGUCUCUCUUUUUGUUUUUUUGUUUUUUUGUUUGUUUGUUUUGUUUGUUUGUUUUUUGUUUGUUUGUUUUUAACUUGCGAUAACCACGUUUCCUUAAAAAGAAAAAAAACCCUGCAAACUUCAGGAUUAGUUCUAGGAUGAUUUUGAAGAUAAUGGGUUUGUGUAGCCAGUCUCUACAUUGUCUUUUAAUUUAAAAUCUAAUUUCGUAUAGAUUUUGAGCGGUUGAUCCGUGCACUGAUUGAACGCUCUCGAAUUAAAGCGCGUCAUUUGUGUAGGUCAGUGGUACGGAUAAGGUAAAACGAAAGUAGUCUACGCCGAGUGUGUCUUCAAGAGAGCUAAGCUGGAGCAGUGUUUCGGCCCUGCCUCCCUCUUUUACAUAGGCUACACACAGCAGCAGUCAUACCUGAGAUCAUUACCCACCUCCUGUGUCUCCUGAAGCGCACCUGUGAGGGAGCAGCGAGACCUGGAUUUAAGCGAUGCACUAAGAAUAUAGCAGAUGGCUUAACUAAUUCUGGAACUACCUGUGAAUUUCAUAGAUCUCAGUAAUAUAUUUAUAAAGGUUUGCUAGCUUUAAGUUCAGAGUUGGUUCAGAGUUGAUUCAUCUCUGGCUGAAUUCACAGAAGCAGACACGAGCUCGUUGACAACUUUUAGUGACUUCGCACCAUGUCAAAAUCGUCAGAUCAGUUUGAAAACUCAGACUGCGUGUGCUCGUUCGGAAUGAAGCUAACCUGGGAUAUCAACGACCCUAAACUUCCUCAGGACACGAAGCAGUACGAUGCGUUUCAGGAGUGGACAGAUGGUUAUGUUCGGUACAUAUACAGUGCCGAAGACAAAAACGCCCAGCGCCACUUGAGCGGUUGGGCCAUGCGCAACACCAAUAACCACAACUGUCAAAUCCUGAAGAAAUCGUGCUUGGGUGUCGUGGUUUGCUCCAGAAACUGCACACUGGCAGACGGCACCAAACUCCAACUGCGGCCUGCUAUUUGUGAUAAAGCCCGCCAGAAGCAGCAAAAAAAGCUUUGUCCAAACUGCAGCUCAGCUCUCGAGUUGGUUCCGUGUCGUGGCCAUAGUGGUUAUCCGGUCACCAAUUUCUGGAGAGUGGACGGCAAGGCCAUAUUCUUCCAGGCUAAAGGCGUUCACGAUCACCCGCGACCCGAGAGCAAGUCGGAAACGGAGGCGAGGAGAAGCGCAGUAAAGAGGAGGAUGGCUUCCCCUCACUUCUCGCAGAAAAGGAGACUUGUAGAACCAGAGCCUGGCCGCUACCAUGAUAUGCCCUUUCCCAACAUCCACCAGCUCACCAUGGAGACCCCAGAUCGCUUCAGCAUCAUUGCUGAAUCCAAUUUCCCCAUCCAGACACAGCACUACACGCCGUUCCAGAACACAGAGCCUUACAAGUUCCCCUAUGACACACAUGGCCCAACAGCCAUGGCUGAUGCUGCAAGCCCUCUGCAGAAGCCUUCUAACCACCGCCUGUACAUGGCAAGACCCCCAUGCGGAUAUGACUUUGCAGUGCCAGGCUACCUCAGCUCUGCACCCUACCCCACAGCACUGUAUAAGGACCCUGCCAGCCCUCACAGUGAGGCUGACCUCAAUAAAAGUUGCUCUGGCCUGAGUGGGAUGCCUCACACAACCAGCUCACUACCAAACCAUGAACGCUCUUAUCCAGAUGCCACCACCAAGCACCAUAGCUGGAAGCAGAUCCUGGGCAAAGGGCCAUAUGGAGAGAGAGGGGAAUACCCACAGCUUUCUGCCAACGCCAACCACUAUUACAACACAGAAUACCCAUGCAGGUACACAGGGCCCUCUCCAACUACUCCGACAGCCCUUCAGACCAUUAUAACCACCACCACUAAAGUGUCCUACCAGCCCUGUCCUAAACCAUCUGUGGUAAAAUAUGGUGAGAGUAUCUAUGAUAUGAAGGGCCUGUCAAACUGUAACUCUCUUCUAGAGGAGAACUCCCCCAACUCCUACUCUGACUUGAAAAUCCCAGAGGAUUCAAGCGUCAUAAAAACGGCUCUGUCCUACCAGGACACGGUCCCGACAAAAAUUGAAAGAAGUGAGAACUUUGAAGGCUACCGUUACAGCAGCUACAGCUCCAGCAGCUGCCCUGAGAGACUGGCACAUCCAUACAGGUAUGAAGGUGGAGAGUACUGAUCUACUGCUUCAGUGCUAAUUAUUAGGAAAUGAGAUCAGAAGAUGAGAAAAGAAGACUGUUUUGCUGAUGAUUUGAGUAAGCCAAAGAAAACCUGGGUAAAAUGUCUAUCAUACUUUCCUUCAGUGUAUAUAUUCAUAGCUAUUUAUAAAUAUUAUUCAAAAUUUUAGAUGAAAAGGUAUUUGUGUAGUUACCUGAUCCACAUUUGAUCAAAUGUGCAACAGAAAA